AUGCUGGCGUCAGCAAGAACGCAUGUGGUUGUAUCAAGAGAACAGUUGGAGUUCUUGCAGGAGGCGGGGAAAAGGCAUGCGCCAUGCCAGCACUUCUCGUACCUGAUCAAGACGCUGGAUACCUUUGAGACGCGCGCAAAGGACAUUGAUUCACACCAGUUUGCACAUGUGGCUGCGUGGCACGAUGCCAUUGAGCUGUUUCGGCGGCUGCUCGCCCUCCUCACAGAGGUAGCGCAGUCCAAGCAGUUCCACACCCAUGAAAAGCGCGCCUUCCUCUGGUUUUGCUUCAACAGCCACCGCUUCAUCCCAGAUGCCUCCCUCAGACCUCACGUGUGCGCAUUGGUGCUACGAUAG